CGCUGUAACACACAACCGUACCAUUCCAUUGGAAGAGGCCCAUUUGCACCGUGUCGUACGUGCUUCUAAUCGACCUGCUGCGCUCUGGCAGUACUAACCACUGCUGCUGUUGCUGCAAACUAUGUUAACUGAGUGUGUGUGAAAGGGGAGGGGGGAAAAGAUACUGCAGAGAGCAAGAAGCCGUACCGGAGGACCGAGUUUUUCUCCCCGUAGUGUAAUUAUAGUCGCGUCCGCAACACAGGUAGGGGACCCCGACCCCGAAGGCAAACCCCGCAAUGCCUUUGACGGAUUGUGAUUAGUGAAUUUCGGUGUAAAGUGUUCCAUCUUCCUGCUAGAAAAGCGAGAAGUGGUGCUGCUGUUCCGCAAUGAGUGCUCCCAAGUGAAUCAAUCGAAGUGCAAAAACGUGUGCGUGUGUGUGUGUGUGUGCAAGUGAAAAAUAAAGAAAAGUGUCCAGCGCAAAGUGAGGUGAAGAAAUAGCAAAGUGUCGGGCCGCGACUGAUUAUGUAGUCGGCUGUCUGCACGCGGCUAAGGAUUAAUAGUAAACCAUUUCCCCUCUUUCCGACGUCCCCUUAACACGAACAGGGAACCCCGUUGCCCUAUCUCACUCCCUCUCUUUCCCCGGCAGAGCGGUCUUCGCACAUUUUCGUCCCAAUCAUUUAUGAAAGAGGAUUAUGAAUGUGGACUAAAUCGAUUAAUAUCGAGGUGAUAGUUAUUUGCUUGCUGUCCAUCAUACCAUGGCCCGGCCCGAGCGUGUUCAAGAUAUCAUGCUCCCGCGAAAGCUCGCGCGUCGUGCGCAAGAUCGUGCACUCGCGCUGGCUGCCCAUCCUAGAGAAGUACCAGGUGAAGCUGCCGCUCGAGUGUCCGUUUCAUCCGCUGCGCGACAUUUUCGGGCCGCAGCAGAGCGCCAAAAAGCAGCACCGGCCGAGCCAGUGGACGUGCGGUUUCUGCGGCAAGAGCUUCUUCGAGGAGAAGCAUCUCGAUAUGCACUUCGAGAAUCGGCACCGGACCAACAUCAACACGGCGGAAGAUGCCGUCUGUCUGGCGGACUACUGCGACAUGAUGCGCUGUGAGGUGCUGAUCGCGAAGGACGCGACGCUAGCGUUCGGCAGCGAUCCGAAUGCCGUCUCGACCGAUAUUGAGGUGUGGAGUGAGGCGACCGCGUACCGGACGGCGCUGUCGACAUCAGGGCCGCGGGAUGUAGCGAAGGUUCCGGAAAGUAGGAAGUCACUGCUGCCGAAGAUGCUACAGACCAUUCGGGACGACGUGUUUCGGAAUCGACAACCACCCCAAGGUGUAACCUCAGUGCUUCAGACGAAAGGUGCCGAUAACUGCGACAAGAACGAUGCCACCAAAUCGAAGAGCAGUCGGAAAGGAUCGAAAUCUGGUCACGGAGAUAAAGAAGCUAAGGACAACCCAGUGGAAGAUGAUGACGACGAGGAUGAUGAAGAGGAGGACGAUGAGGAUGACGAGGACGAGGAGGAAGAGUCGGAGAACGAUAGCAACGCCACGUCACAGUGUGAGCAAAAUCUGGUCGACUCCUCGCUGCCACCGGUCGAUCGAAAGCAGCAACGCCUCUCGGAGAUGCAGCGCAUGAAGGCCAACUGUAAUGCGGAAGAGAUCGGCCAGCUGAAGACGCGCUGCGAGGUGCUGGUGCGCGACUGUAUCGUCGGGCUGCUGGUGCAGCUUUCGCUCGAGGACUUCCGUAGCAUGGAGGAGGAGAUGAACCGUGCCAUCUGCUGGUACUUGACGUGCGAGCGAUACUGGGAGGAUGGUCCGCUAGAGCAGCGCCCCUUCCCAUGGGGGCUGGUGUUUGUGCUCGUGAUGGUGCUUUCGAUGGGCGUCUGCCUUUGCUACUACAUCAUCUGGAUACUGUUCGACAGUGAAGAUUUUAGUCCUUCCACGACCAACCAACAACUGCUCGGAGGCCAUCAUCCGACACCGGGCAGCGGUGGCCAUCUACUGCACCACGGACGGCACUACCUACAACCGGGAACGGGCGGCAGCGGUGGUGGCGGCGGCGGCGGUUCCGGCAUCUACCGGUUGCAGGACGGUGGCCAUCAUUCUGCCGCCAGCCUGAACAACCUCGUUGCGGGCUCGAGCGGUAGUAACGACAUUCAGCAUACGCCCCAGAUACAUGCCUCCCCCGGUGGUGGUGUUGGCUCAGCUUCCGCCAUGCUCUACACGACGGCCGACGACGGUGGUAGUGGCUACGGCUAUGCGGCAGGUUCCGCAGGCGGUUCAGCCGCUGCUCGAAUGAUCGCUGCGUCCGGCGGUGGCGGUGAUGUGUCCGCAACUAGUACGUCCGCGGCGGCGCUGGCGGCGAGUAGUGCGGGAGGUGGAUCAUCGGCCGGCGCGGCAACCGGUAGCGGCGACUUCGGUGAGCUGGGACAGAGCGAACACUACAUCUACGUGACGUAUCCACCGGAACUGAAGCGACGUCUGCUGGAAAGGUACGGUAGAGACAUCUAUAUGCAGCUGUUGCGCAAGGAUGUGUACGAUUACUACUAGCUGGUGUUGUUUUUACCUAUACUCGUUGUUACUGUUUUUACUUCCUCUUUUAAUCUCUCUUGCUAUCUUUUGUCGAUGUAUGGUACACUCACUUCGUUUUACAAACACACUCACACACAAAGACACUGUAUUUUAUGUUUCGUUUUGUUUCACUUUUGUGAUGUGCGUGCGAGUGUGUUUCUGCUCUUCGUAUGUGAUGUGUGAUUUUGUGAUCGGUUAUAGCUUUAUGCCCUUAGUGGAGGUUUUUUUUUUGCACAUCUGCUCCAUAUUCGCGCGUCUGAUGUUUUUUGUGUGUGGCUGGAUUUGCUCUUCUUUUUGUGACAUGCCCCCCUCCUCUCGCGCGUCAUAUGUUGCCUCUUUUUCUGUUCAUUUUUGUUGAGGCAUUAAGUUUAUUCACAUACUUUUGACACCAAUAGAAGAGGGAUUUGCAGGUUAAGGAUGAGCAAAUUAUAAAACCCAAAUAGCUUAGUAGAAAGAGAGAAAGAGAAGUAGCAGCAUUUUCGAUGAAAAGAUCAUUCUUUUUUCCCAAGUAAAGUUCACUUUGAGAGGUAACUGUCCACAACUGUCUUCAGGCAAAGAUUGACCAGUGUGUCGUCGUUAUGUAGGAUGUGAUCCACACAACGAGAUUAGUCAAGUCCGCCCCCCUCUUUACGAAAAGUAUUCUGAAGUUAUACUACAUAGCAGAGGAGAAGACCAAGCGUAGCUAAAGACCAAUCUACCAUUAAAGCAAGAGUGACUGUUACUAAAACCAGUGGAAAGGGUUUCAUUACGAUGCCACAACAACCAGUAUAGGACAGAAAUGGCCAAUAGAAGCAGCUUCUUGGAUAGUUUGGGGACGAGUAGCUAUAUGCCUAGAGCACAAGCACAUAAGAGCACCCACAUGGUCCCACACACAUUGCUGUACAUACAAAGAGUGAGACAUUUAGACAUUAAGAAGGCAUGCUGUGUGGGUUUGGUCAUCAUCCUACAGGUACACCUACUCUACAAGAAAAACUUCCCUUAUCUUUAUUAAUCUUAACAAUAGCUACUUCUAGUCAAUUUUGCUUGCGCGUUAGGAGUUCCGGGGAACGAAGAGAGAGAUGGGGUUAGUUGUAGUGAUGAACGCACCCACAAGCGAACAAGAUCUUUUAGAUAUGAGAUUUGCACACAGUU